AGCCCACGCCUCAGUCUUGCCGGAGUCUCCCCCUCUCCUCACCACCGUAUCUCUCUCUCUGUGCCUCUCCUUUCGCAGCCCACGCCUCAGUCUUGCCGGAGUCUCCCCCUCUCCUCACCGCCGUAUCUCUCUCUCUGUGCCUCUCCUCUCCGAUGUCUCAGUCUCGCCGGAUCUCAUUCUCUCCACUCUCUCCUCGCCGAUCCACUUCGAUCUAGGUCUCCUUGCCGGAUCUCCUUCUCUCAACCCGUCUCUCGCCGGAUCUCUCUCCUCACGGUCGUCCUCAUCCGCCGUCAUACUCGCCGGACUUCCACCGUCAUUAUCUCGAACCGGCUCUGUCCCUUUUGAAAGAUGUCAGGAAAUGAUUAUAGCCGCUAUCUAUCUACUGGUGGUAAGAAGACUUCUGGUAGUAAGAAGAGUUCUGGUAGUACGAAGAGUUCAUCCCGUCAUACCAAUCCGGGUAGUUCUUCUAGUUCCCAGAUGGCCGAGAGUUUGGCUGUUCCUAAUAGCCAGACGCAAGCUUCCCCUCCAGCUCCCGCCCCAGCUCCUGCAGCUCCCGCCCCAGCUUUGGUUUGAUGACGAUGUAAGCGUUGCUGCAUCGGUCCGUCAAAUCUUUGAAAGAGAUUUCAAAGAACCGCAUGCUAAUUGGAAGCAAACCCCCGGGGAUGUUGUGAGACGUUGGUUUGAAUCCUUUGCGCAAAUGUAUCAUUGGGAUUCCGGUAUAACAUCCCUCAUUCGCAACUCUUUCGAGGCUAAAUUGAAACUCCAGUUGACUCGCCAAGUUAGUCGGUGGAAGAGUAACUGGCGGAAAAAAGGCGAUGCAGCUAUGCCUUUGUGGUUUGACCCAAAUGUUUGGGCUGGUCUUGUUGCUUAUUGGUUAGAUCCAGAAUCUGAAGUCCGGAGUUGUAACAGUCGGGCAGCUCGUUACUCUGACCCUGAUGGACAUGGACCGUCUAAGCAUCGUUCAGGUCAGACUUCCUUCAGGGCCCGUGCACGAGUGAUUGCUGAGCAAACUGGAUGUUCUAUUCCAGACUUGCUUGGGGUUCUCGAGAUCACUAAACGAAACCCGGAUGGUUCUUUUGUUGAUGGCAAAUCUGAGCAGCUCUACAACGAUGUGACAUCUAAAUUUCAGGAAUUAUCUCAGGCUGCUAGUGAUGAUCCCGAGAGCACUGGUUCUAGUGGCCUCUCUCCAAUGGAAAAGAACAAGAUCUAUUGUGAGUUCGCUCCCCGCAAAAAGGGACGACUGUAUGGAGUGGAUUCUCUAAAUACAUCUUUACGAUCUGUUCCUGCUUCGUUUCCUUCUAGCAGUACUAGAGACCAAUCUUUGGAGAAGAUCAUCUAUGACCAAGCUCAAAAGAUUGAGAGCCAGGGAAAUGAAAUUUCGAAGCUGUACAAGAUCGUUCGUCAUCUCGCUAGCAAAGACUCUACCGUGGCCGACAUUCUCCAGUCUGAAGACGUGUCUUCUGCUUCUGGUGAUGAUGAUGAAUCUGAUGCUAUUUAGUUUGUUUUCUAUCACUUUCUAAUGACUUGAAACUUUUUUUGUAUGUGUUUGUGUAAUGACUCUUGAAUUUCUUUCUAUUUUAGUAAUAUUUUCGCUAACUA